AUGCCUCCAACUACACGCGCUUCCUCCCGUGCACCAACCACUCCCGAAAUUGCCGUCAGUAAAACAUCAUUCGCCAGCCCCGGCAGGAGAAAACCCCACUGUCAAACGUGCAAGAAACCUCGCAAAGGCCAUCCGAGGCAGGGUUGCCCGGAACGACCGACCGCGGACGUUACAACACCGGACUUCAGUCUUGCAGAUGCUCUCAACUCUCUGCACCUCGACUCCGAGGCGGAGCACAUGGUCGCUUCGGCCGCACAUCCUUCCCCGUCCACGUCAGUAGGCAAGAACCCCUUCCUGAAGGCGGAAUCCCGACGAAGACAAGAGCAUGCAAUGGCUGUAGCUGCUCUCGACCCUCCAAGUUCUGCCAUGGCCGAACAAUCCAAUUCCCCGCCUAGUCAGCGUGCUGAACUUGUGGUCCUCAAGCGCCACGAGGAGACCUCGAAAUCGCCCACAAAGCCGACGGAUUCCGCGCAUCGCCCUAUCGCCCUUUCGUCGCGUACUCCCGUGCGCUCCGCUAGUAUCAAUGCACGCGAGGACUUUCUAGACGAUCUCAGUCAUGUUACCAGGCGUGUGCCAGUAUCGGUAUACGUUGUGCCUGCUGGCCAUGCCGCGCAGUUGCAACCAUUCGCGAACAAGAUCGGUUUCUAUACGGCGACAGUCAUGCCGGAGGACGAUUCGCGGAGAGAUGAGGCAUUGUUAGUCAUUGGUACAGAGAACGCGGCGGUUGAAGACGUGUGCGGGAGACUAGCAUCGGAGGCUACCGCUGCCACUAGUCACGGUGGAAGCUAUCGUCUCGCGCAGGUUGCUGGAGGCGCAGUGGUUGGAGCGGCGGCCCUAUUUGCGGGAUUAAGUUUGUAA